UUGAAGCUCGCUUCAUUAUCGUUUAUCAAACACUUCAAGGAGGUUACGAAGGAAUCCGUUUGGUAUGAUGAGGAUGAACUCGACGGAGUUGAUGUCCCUAAAAGUAGAUCAACGGCGUUCUUGCGAAGAAAAACUGAAACUUCCAAAACCCUUAGUGGUGAAGAAUAUCGAAAUGCUCUCAGAAAGUCUUUUGAGCGACAAUGGGGCACUCCAAAAUGGGCCAGACUCGAGCCUAAAACGAAAAAAUCAAGAAAAGAAGUUAACGAUGAAGAUGAGCUCGAUGAAGUUCUUGACGAAAUGACCCGGUCUGUUCAACGGUACGUUGACAAGGAUCCAUUUCUCGUCAAGGAUGUCAUUUCUACGUUCCGCUGGCCAGACAUCACUGUUGGGCACCAUGAUAGCCGGCCAGUCAAUGUCAUCUUGUUCCAUAAGGUGAGACCAGUUGUAAUAACUGGAGGAAGCUCAGGAAAAGUGCAGCUGUUCAAGGUUGGUGAUAUAAUGGACUCUGGAAAUUUCUUACAAAACAUGCACUUCUCUAAUUUUCCGAUAAACAGCAUGAGUUUCAUUCAGAAUGGAUGUGCAGUGCUCUGUGGUUCAAUGCGACAAGAUUACUUCAUGAAAUAUGAUCUUGAGAAAGGCUCUGUCAUGCAACUAAACCUUCCUAAAUGCAAUCUAGGUGUACCUCCUCAAAAUGUUGGUCGUUUCACCGUUUCGUAUGAUGGCUCCCUAGUGGCUAUGAUUGCUCACAGCUCGCAAGUUUUUGUUCUUUCAUCGUCAUCAAUGGAAUUGGUGAAGAUACUCACGGCUCCUACAGACGUUACAUCAUUACAGUUUUUACCAGAUUCAAAUCGUGAGCUAUGGGCUAUGACAGAAGGGAGUGAUGUCGUCAUUUGGAACCUUCAAGGAACGCAACAUUUGUUCCAGGACGACGGAGCUGUACGCGGGACGAAAAUUAGACUAAAUGCGGAUGGUAGUAAGGUGGCUUGUGGGUCAACUACCGGCAUCGUAAAUGUGUAUGAUGUGCCGGAUGCACGUAAAGCAAGAGAUCCAAAACCACGAACUGUUGUUUCAAAUUUGGUUACAUCAUGUGACUCCAUUGCUUUCAACAAUGAUUCCCAGUUAAUGGCUAUCAGCAGUAAUGUAAAGGUGAUUUGA